UUUGACAGUAACCGAAACCCUGUCAAAGUGCCAACGAUCUUCGCGCAGCCUCAUUAUCGGCAAAUUUGACAAUAUGGAGCUCAAGUUUGUAGAGAAGUGCAGAUAAAUGUAGAUGAAUUACCAAGUUCUGUAAAUAUAUUCAAUGAUUAGUGAUAGGUGUAUCAGUGGAAUUCUUUCAAAAUGGGAAAGCUGCUGUCAAAAAUUUUUGGCAAUAAAGAGAUGAGAAUAUUAAUGCUAGGAUUGGAUGCGGCAGGAAAGACGACGAUUUUGUACAAAUUAAAAUUAGGGCAAUCAGUUACAACAAUUCCAACGGUAGGUUUUAAUGUGGAAACAGUGACCUAUAAAAAUGUAAAGUUUAAUGUGUGGGAUGUGGGUGGACAAGACAAAAUUCGGCCUCUAUGGCGUCAUUACUACACGGGCACGCAAGGUUUAAUAUUUGUUGUGGACUGUGCAGAUCGCGACCGAAUUGAUGAGGCCCGACAGGAACUUCAUAGGAUAAUAAAUGACCGCGAAAUGCGGGACGCAAUAAUACUCAUAUUUGCUAAUAAGCAAGACUUGCCAGAAGCAAUGAAACCUCACGAGAUUCAAGAGAAAUUAGGUUUAACUCGUAUCAGAGAUCGCAAUUGGUAUGUGCAGCCAGCAUGUGCGACAACAGGAGAUGGGCUAUUCGAAGGUCUCACUUGGUUAACAAGUAAUCACAAAUUAUAGCACUCUUGUCUGACACGUACUCAUAUUAAGUUUUGCAAUCGACACAGUUCUAAAGUUACUACGAACUGAGGUGAUGAUUUAGGAUGCAGGACUGAAACUUAACUGAAACAUUCCAGCUGCCUAAGUAUAUAUCUCAAUUGUAUAAAGACCAUACAUUCUUUUUGCCAUUGCCAUUGAUUAAAAUGGUUGUGACAUGGACCAGUGUUCUUAGUGAUUGCCUCCUAGUAACUAAUUUUUGUAAAUAAAUUAAUUUGAUAUAUAAAUAUUAUAUAUUAAUUUUUAUUGUUCUAUAUUGUAAAAUAUUGUUGCCACAUUAAAAUCCUAAAGUAAAUUUAAAUUUAUGUAAAACAUAUUAAAUAUUUUAUUUGAGUAUUAAAGGGGAGGUUUGAAUAAUCUCUUAUAAAAAUUCAAAUAGGACGUCUCCUUAGUUAAUUGGAAUAAAAGUUCUAAUUUUAAGAUACUUCAUGUUUUUCUUUCAUUUUUUUCCAUAAAGACUGAAUAAAGUUAAGGUUUCUUGGCCGUCUAACAGCCUGAGAAAACUUAAUGGUGCCAGUAUUAUAAACUUUUUGUGCCAAAAAUUUCCUAAUUAUGAAAGUUACAUGAACUAAGAAUUGUAACAGCAGGAUUAAGUAUUAAUAAAUUAACAAUAUGAUGUACAAGCAAUAAAAGCUUAAGGAAAUUUUUUGCACCAGUGUUGUGUUAAGAUGUUAUUCAUGAAAUAAGGUGUUAAUGGAGUCGUUUAAUUUCAUACUGAAAAGUUCAUUGUAUUAUUAUUUUGCAAAUAUCAAAUAUAACGUCCAUUGCCAUUUUUAGAUGAGACAGUUUUAAACUAUUUUAAUGUAAAAAUUAAGAGGCAUGAAUAAGUAUUUGUAGGUGUUUGUUUAUAUAUGUUACAAAACAAAUGUUAGUUUUUUGAAUCUUACACAUAGUUUGUUAAUGAAAUUGUGCACAAUGCUUUACUAGAGAAUUAAAACUGUGUGAAAGACUAUAGGAACUCCAAAAUUCUUCAUAUUAAAUGCUUUAACAAAUUUAAAUAUAUAUUUUCUAGCUGUGAAUUUUGGACUUUUUUCCCUUAUAAAUUGGAAUAGUUUCAAAUGUAAAAUAUGAAGUAUAUUAAAAAUAUUAUUUAAUUAUAGUGUAAAAAAUAUAUUAAAUUAUAAAUUAUGCAUUCCUAAUAUUAGUAAAAUUAUAUAAAAAAAGUUAAUGAAGUAAAUAUGAAGAUUUUUCUGUAAUAAAACUCUGCCAAUUUAAUUUAUUCUAUAAUGUAUAUUUUAUUUACAGUUUGUGUACAAAUGUCUCAUAGAGUAUAUGCUAGAUAUUGGUAAUUAUUCUAACAAUGUAAAUUUAGAGAUGGAAAGAAGUAUAAAAUAUGAGUCAAUUAAAAUUUUACUUAAAUGGGGCAUAUAUGUAAUAAAAAGGGUUUUUAUUAUAGUUAAUUUAUUCUAAAAUGUUACUUUAGCUUAAGACAACCCAUUUGGUAAGUUAUGUAUGUCAGCUACUAAAUAUACUGUCUAUAAAACAA